AUGGAUAACAAAACCUUCGUCUCCGACUCUCUUAUCCGUCUGACCGGCGCGUCUGAUCCGAUCGCGGUAGACUUUGUCCUCGCCGAAGCAUCCUCCGCCAAAUCUGCAUCUGCCUUACAAGACAAACUUGUUUCAUUUCUCGAUGGCAGCCCCGACGAUGUCGGCGCAUUCUGUGGGCAGCUUUUCUCUCGGGUUGGGAAGAAGGCCCAGUCCAGCUCGUCGGCUUCCAAGCCAUCCGCUAGCAAGGACUCUUCGAAGAAAAAGUAUCGUCUCUUGGACAUGGGAGAGGACCUGCCCGAUCCUGCAUCCUCAUUAGGGCCUGUCAAUGUCGAAGCAGAACGGGACCGACGUCGGCAACGUGAUCGUGACCGUGACCGUGACGCGCCGUCCGACCGAGAUCGAAGUCGCCGGGAGAAAGAGGAUAAUCGGAAACGAGACCGCAGCCGAGAUGCUGAAAGUCGAGACCGACCGCGAACAAAGAAGUUACGACAACGGGACACCAAUGACUUUGACGAUCGAUGGGGCGAUGAGGAAUUUGGCGACGAGGACCGAUAUCAGGACGAGGCCGAAUUUGCUGAAUCCCCCGCCAAACGGACCAGACUCGAAGAUGGGUCGGCCUCACCUCAUCCUGCUUCGCCCGACGAGGAUAUGGACCCGCAGACCAAGCAGGAGCUCGAACGGCAGAGAGACUUGCGCGAGCGAGACGAAUUCGCGAAGAGAUUGGCGAACAAGGACAGCUCCAAGUCCAAAAAGAUUGUGGAAGAUCGGACACGCGACAGCGAGGCGGCAAAAAGACGGGCGUUGGCCGAUGAUGCGGCCGCUCGAUCGGCGGUUAUGCCUGAUUUGCGCGAGCGCUCGCGACAGGAAUAUUUGAAGAAGCGUGAGGCGGAACGGCUGGCUCUGUUGCGCAGUCAAGUGGCGGAAGAGACGGCCGAGUUGCGCGAGAAUCCGAAUCUGACGCGCCGAGAGAAGGAAGAGUUUGCGCGCAAUCGCGAAGUGCUUCGCAUCGCAGAGGAGCGACUGCGAAUUGACGAUCACCGAGAUGGCUACAUGAUGCCGGAAGACUAUAUUACAGAGAAAGGCAAGAUCGACCGCAAAAAGAAGGAAGAAGCCUUGUACAAGCGAUAUGUGGACCGAGAUGAAUCGGGCCAGGAACGCUUCGUGACCGAGCAUGAAGAAUGGGAGUUGGAACAGGCCGCCAAAGCCAAGGCCCAGAUCAAGAAGGCCGAAUUUGUCGAUGAGGGGGACUACGAAUAUGUCUUCGACGACACACAGCAGAUCAACUUUGUGAUGGAAUCUAAAAUCGAAGGUACUGAGAAACCGAUGACACAGGAGCAGUUACGGUUUAAGCAGCAGGUGGACGCCGCCGAGAAGAAAGCAGCGACCAUGGAGGAGACCCGAAAGAGUUUGCCAAUCUAUCAGUUCCGCGACCAGAUCAUUCAGGCUGUGCACGACCACCAGGUGCUCAUCAUUGUCGGUGAAACUGGCUCAGGAAAGACCACGCAGAUUCCGCAGUAUCUUCACGAGGCGGGAUUUACCAAGGAUGGCUUGAAGAUUGGAUGUACGCAGCCUCGCCGUGUCGCUGCCAUGAGUGUUGCGGCGCGUGUGGCGGACGAAAUGGGGACGAAGCUUGGUAAUGAGGUGGGAUACGCCAUUCGUUUCGAGGACAACACCAGCGACAAGACCAUUUUGAAGUAUAUGACCGAUGGUAUGCUUCUGCGAGAACUCCUCACCGAGCCUGACCUUGGCCAGUAUGCGGCGCUCAUGAUCGACGAGGCCCACGAGCGUACGGUGCCUACUGAUAUUGCGUGUGGGCUUCUCAAAGAUAUCGCAAAAGCUCGACCUGACCUGAAGCUACUCAUUUCGUCGGCCACGAUGGAUGCACAGAAAUUCCAAAAGUACUUUGACGAUGCGCCGAUCUUCAACAUCCCCGGUCGUCGAUAUCCCGUCGAUGUACACUACACGUCUCAGCCCGAGGCUAAUUACCUCGCAGCGGCCAUCACCACCGUGUUUCAGAUUCACGUCACUCAAGGUCCCGGGGACAUUCUGGUCUUCUUGACGGGUCAGGAAGAGAUCGAAGCCGCCGAACAGAGUCUGCAAGAAACGGCGCGAAAACUGGGCAGUAAGAUCCCCGAGAUGAUCAUAUGUCCCAUUUAUGCCAAUCUUCCGUCGGAACUACAAACCAAGAUUUUUGAGCCCACGCCGCCCAAGGCCCGCAAGGUUGUUCUAGCGACGAAUAUCGCCGAGACCAGUCUGACCAUCGACGGGAUUGUCUACGUGAUCGACCCUGGGUUUGUCAAGGAGAACGUCUUCAACCCCCGGACCGGCAUGGAAAGUCUUGUGGUGACUCCUUGCUCUCGUGCUUCGGCCAACCAGCGAGCUGGUCGUGCCGGACGUGUCGGGCCUGGCAAAUGCUUCCGACUGUACACCAAGUGGGCCUACUACAAUGAAUUAGAGGAGAACACCACGCCCGAGAUUCAACGCACCAACCUGAACGGGGUCAUUUUGAUGCUGAAAUCAUUGGGGAUUGACCAGCUUCUCGAUUUCGAUUUCAUGGACCCCCCGCCCGCCGAGACCAUCAUCCGCGCGUUGGAGCAACUGUAUGCGCUGGGCGCACUGAACGAUCGCGGCGAGCUCACCAAGGUCGGCCGACAAAUGGCCGAGUUCCCCACCGAUCCCAUGCUCGCCAAGGCCAUUCUCGCCGCCGGCCAAUACGGCUGCGUGGAGGAAGUGCUUUCCAUCGUAUCCAUGCUCGGUGAGGCCAGCGCGCUCUUCUUCCGUCCCAAGGACAAGAAGAUCCACGCCGACAGUGCCCGCAACCGGUUCACCAUCAAAGAAGGUGGUGACCACCUCACCCUGCUCAACAUCUGGAAUCAAUGGGUGGACUCUGAUUUCAGUUUCGUCUGGGCCAAGGAAAACUUCCUUCAACAACGCAGUCUGACCCGUGCCCGCGAUGUACGAGAUCAACUCGCCAAAUUGUGCGACCGCGUCGAAGUGACCAUCAGCACGUGCGGGUCGACGAAUCUCGUCCCGAUCCAAAAGGCCAUUACGGCCGGAUUCUUCCCGAACGCCGCCCGGCUUCAACGGGGUGGUGAUAGCUACCGCACCAUCAAGAACGGGCAGUCGGUGUAUCUGCACCCGUCCAGUACCCUGUUUGAGGUCAACCCGCGCUGGGUGAUUUACUUUGAGCUCGUGUUGACGAGCAAGGAGUACAUGCGCAGUAAUAUGCCAUUGCAAGCGGAGUGGCUGGUGGAGGUGGCGCCACAUUACUAUAAGAAGAAGGAUCUGGAGUCUUUGGGAUUGGAUCGCAAGGUUCCCAAGGGGACUGGAGUGGCGGGUGAGAAGAGUCGCACCUGA